CCUGUGGCCACGGUGUACCUUUGGCCCGUUCCUGUCCCCGUGCCCGUUCCCGAUUCCGGUUCCCCGCAGGUGCGGAUGUACUCGCGCACCGUGGCCGUCAUCGGCGGCUUCCUGAUCCUGGCCAGCGGCGCCGGCGAGCUCUACCGGCAGCGGCCCCGCAGCCGCUCCCUGCAGGCCACCGGGCAGGUGCUGCUGGGCAUCUACCUCAUCUGCCAGGCCUACUCGCUGCAGCACAGCCCCGAGGACCGCCUGGCCUACCUGGAGCGGCUUCUUGGAGGUGAGGUGGCCCUGCAGCUGCUCUUCCUGCUCUACGGGCUGCUGGCGCUGGCCUUCCUGUCGGGCUGCUACGUGCGGGCGGCGGCGCAGGUGCUGGCCGUGCUGCUGCCGCCCGCCAUCCUGCUGGUGGACGGCAACCUGGCCUACUGGCACGCCCUGCGCCGCGUCGAGUUCUGGAACCAGAUGAAGCUCAUCGGCCACAACGUCGGCAUCUUCGGCGCCGCCGUCAUC